AUGUUGAAAGUUUCGGAAAGUAUUCAGCAACCCGAAUCCAGUAGUAGCAGUGUCGUUCCAUCCAUUCAUGAGAAAUCAGAGGAAGAUUACGAUCCAAUUAAUCCAGCCAAAGAUGAAUAUUCACAUAGAAUUAUUACUUUAGAGGGUUAUUAUGAUUAUGAUAAAGAAAUUGUUGUUGGCCUCAGAAAGAGUCCACUCACGAAGCGGCUCGAUCUGCCCACGAGUGUUGGAGAGAUGGGCUUUUUUAUAUUGACACCCUUUGUAACAAAACAAGGAGAAAUUGUAAUGGUCAAUAGAGGAUGGGUACCUCAAAGUAUUUACAAAAAUCCCACUAGUGCUUCCAAACAAGAUUUUGAAAAAAAGACCACCGAUAAAAAUCAUAUUGAAAAAGUCACAGCCAUCAUUCGACCAGGAGAAUAUUUAGGCGCUGGUGUUUCUGAUAGUUAUGACGGAAAGUCAAACAAAUUUAUUGCUAUGGAUUUGUUUUCGAUAGCCAAAUAUUACAAGCUGCCUUAUAUUCCACUUCUUGUGGAUGCUUUUUAUCACAUUCCAAACUUUGUCUAUUCGGAAAAACAAACCAGCGAAAAUUCUCUAAAAGCUUCUAAGGCACAAGACACUAAAUAUCCCAUGGUGGCCAUUCCUGACGAUUAUAUGAAGUUUUACAUUACUCCUGCCACUCAUGUGGCUUACAUGGUCACAUGGUAUACACUGUGUCUAUGGAUAAUUGGAUCUUUGGUAUAUUUAAAGAGAAAGAGGAGAUUGUCGAGCUUUUAA